CGUUCGUUAAGAAAAAUAAUAAUAACCAAAAAAAAAAAAAACACUCUGAAGAAGAAACACGAGAGAAAGUUUCUAAAACGGAGAAUGACAUCAAUUGUUGUCGGAACUGGAACAAGAUUCCUGAGUUUCGGCAAAGUUUCACAAAUCUCUACUUCACUGUUUAGUAGAUCUCAUAAUCCUCGUAGCAUCUUUAUUCGCGCUUACCAUCGGAAUCCUCCUCUUUGUACUCUUCCUCUGUUCUCUGCCGCUCUUCGUCUUCCUCGUCCCCUGCCUUGGCUUCGCUCAUCUGCUCCUGUGUCUUCCAUGGCCACUCAGGCUGAAUCUGGCUCUCCCCACCAAUCCGAUUCUUCUAAAACGGUGAGGGUUGUGAUAAAGGGUAGAGUACAGGGAGUGUGCUACAGGAACUGGACUGUUGAGAAUGCAGAGCAGCUCGGGAUUAAGGGAUGGGUUAGGAAUCGCAGGGACGGUUCAGUGGAAGCACUCUUUUCUGGACCACCUGAAGCUGUUGAUGAGAUGCAUCAGAGGUGUCGCCGUGGUCCUCCUGCAGCCAUGGUUACUGGCUUGGAGGCUUUCCCUUCCACUGAACAACCGGGAACAAGUUUUGAAUACAGAUCAACCGUCUGAUUGAUUCUCUUUUAACAGAGAUAGGGUUCUCUGAAGGUUGCAUUGAUUAUAAGUAUCUCGAUAGGAUGUAACAUGGCUCUUUGGUUAAACACACACAUGCCAUGUAUAUACCUAAUUAAUUAUGUGUCUGUGAUCAUUUUUACUCUACGUUGUGUAUACAGUUUGAUAUUUACGAAGCUUGUUACUAUUAUCUAUACUUUUGUUCCCCAGCAGUAGUUGCUGCAGAUUA